GAUCGUGUAAUUGGUAUUUCCUCCAGGUGUAAUCGACAGAAAAUUUUUAUCACUCCCCAUACAUCUUCGCUGUUCACGCAGUUGCACACAGUUACCUCCACAGUGCAUGCGCACAAUAAUUACGUCAACUUGCCAUUGAAUAAAAGUGAUUAAAAAAUAGACGGUCGAUUAUAUUUUUAAAAAGAAUAAUUCUACAUGAGAAAGUGGGCACAAGGUCGAAUGUCGUGUUUGACAAAUCUACUGAGACGAAGAUACGCAGGUCAGGAGGCAGCGGGCAGAUGAGUAAUAAUGUUAAAUGCAAGGAGACGAGUAAAUUGCAUGAAUGGAGAGAUGAGUUGAUACGACGAGGAAAGGUGAAUGUUAGUUGAGUGAUUAAAAUGAAAAGAUCAUACGGUAACUCUGCCGACAGGAGUAAUGAUAGUCUCGAAGAUACGAGACGAUUGUACAGGGGAGCAACAGAUAUUGCGAAGAGACUGGACGAGCAGAAAAGCUGUGCCCUGACAGUAUCUGAUGUUUUUACACCUGCGGGAGAGGUUCUCAGGGCUAAAUUGAAGGAUUAUUGCGAACGACUCGUCUUGAAGGAUCCCGUGAGUCAUGCUAGGAAAAUUGAAGAGUUGCUUUGGAGAAGGGGAUUUUACGAUGUCGUUGCUGCUGCCAAAAAACUAAGAAAAGGAAAUGUCUGGAGUGAUACGGAAAAAGCUUUGCUCUUCACUCAUAUUAACGUGGGUGUUGGAUUUUACCAUCAUUUGAUAUUCAGAUUACAAGAGGAAUGCGGUCUGGAUUUACCGGGGGUCGUGGACUUUGCAUUUCCUCAGAGAAAAGAUAUCACAGUGAUUAGAGAAAAGAAUCCACCACUGAAGCUACACUCAGAAGAAUCACGUCAAUGUGCCAUGAAAAUAGUUCAUAGAAGUUUGAUAUGUUUGGGCGAUUUGGCCCGUUACAAAUUGGAUUUAGACCCCAACUGGGAUCCCAUGGUCGCAACGAGAUACUACAAAAUGGCAAUAGCAGUAGAUCCAAAUAUUGGAAUGUCCCACAAUCAGUUGGGCACAUUGGCAGGCAAUAGAAAUUACGGAAUCGAUGCUGUUUAUCACUAUUUGAGAUGCACUCUCUGUUCAGAACCCUUCGAAGGAACUGAGGGCAAUCUUAAGAGAGUCAUUUCUACUCAUUUUUAUUAUGGCAAAGAGAAAUUGCCAUCACAACGCUGCGCUGCUAGACUAUUUACAUUAUUGCAGAAGUGGGAUAAGGAUUCCUCGAGUGUAGAACGGAUAAAUGAAGAUUGCGAGAAUCUGUUAAUCGAGAUGGAAAAUUGCUUGAACCUUGAAAAAACUGAGUCUCCAUCCCGAAAUCCACCGGUGAAAGGCGACACUAUUGAAGAAUUUCUUCUGAAUACCAAAACCGAAGAGUCGCCCCACCUAACUGAAAAUGUCGUCUUCAAAAUGGUUGCGAUUUGUCUCAUGUCCAUCUCAAAACUGCAGUCCAAGGAGUCUCUCCACGUCCAGAGUGCGAUCGCUUUUAUUCUCUCCCUCCUAUCAAAAUUGAUUCAAAUUACGAUCGUUCAUCUUCAACAGUCCAUUAUCGAGGCAUCAUCAAAUGGUGAAGUUGGCGACCUCAUAAUUUCCUUAGAGACCAUCGAAAAAAUUGAGAUUAAUGAUCUCAAGGGAUUAGAUCUCAACGACAAUACGCGACCAUUAUCACCACCACAAGAUAAAAAAAAUGGAAAUGUCAAGGAAAAUGCGAAGAAAUCCCGAGACAAGUCGAAAUAUUUAUUGCACAAAUUAAGAAGACCUAGAAAAAGAUUCAAUAGUUCAGAUUCAGACGGGAGUGACAUGGAUCCUCUUGAGUUAGCCUCUUCCAGUGAUGAACUCAAUUCCGACAUUUCUGAGACUGAAGAGGAGGAUGAGUUGAGCCAGGGACAAGACGAUCCAUCAGAAGAGGAGUUCGAAAAUGAUCCAAUUACCGAGAACGAGAAUUCCAAAGACCCCAUUAUCGAGACAAAUGGUCAUGAAAAAGAUCAGGGGGGCGACAAAUGUUUGCCAGAUGAGAAUAACCCACCGAUAAACCAAAUUGCUGAAGAAAAUGAGAACAAUAUUUGCAAUGGUGAUAGGAAAUCUCCGGAUCGGGAAUUCAUUGCUCAAUUGAAGAAGCAAAACCUCAAUGCUAGGGAGCUUUUGGGGAUCUUCUGCAAAGAGGAAUUGCUGCAAUCGAUUAAAAUCUGCUUCGACUGGGUAAAAAGUCACCCAGAGAUCAUCAAAAUUAUAUCAAAGAGCUCGAGGACACUUUUACACAGGAUUGUCGCUCUAUCGAAUUUAUUGACAAUCGAUGUUUCUGAAUUGAUCGACCUGAAGAAGGAUUCUGGAGUUCUGAGAGAGCAAAGUGAAUUUCAAAAGUAUGUGGGGAUAAUUCCACUGCCAGAGGAUUGCGAUUUGAAGGGUCUUGACGUGCUGACACGUUCGCACGAGAAUUUAGACUGGAGAAUUUUGAAGAAUUUCCACCUCACCAGGACUGAGCAGGUGUUACUCAGAACUCAAAAGAUUAUUUCCUUCAGUGAAGAUCUGACGAGAGUGGAGGAGGCAGGGGUAAGCUUCGAUGAGAUUCAAAAGGUCUUCUUGGUAGGUGAUCCCAAGAUUCUAGAGGUGAUAGAGGAGGAGGAGGAGCGGAGGAGCUGUGAAAAGGAGAAGGAGAAUGGAAACGAGGAUCAGUCGAAGGGUAAAUUGAUGAGACAUAUGGGAAAAUUGUGGUUGAAGGCCGAAGUCCGGGCGUUGGAGAGUAGUCUCAGGUCUAAGCUGAUGUCGGCAUAUCUGGUGCCUGAUCAUGAGGCUCUUGCCAAAUUCACACCCAUACUGAAGCGGCUCGUGUAUGCGAAGAAGUUCAUUAUUGUCAUCCCAUCUAUCGUUGUUCAAGCAUUGGACGAGAUGAAACGAACUAGCAGUCAAGCGCGUGAAGCUACUAGAUGGCUAGAGUCGCAAUUUCGCAAGGGAUCUAGGUUCCUUCGAGCCCAGAGACCUCACGAACAGCUAGCCCUACCUUAUAUCAAGGGACCAAAGCCCAAGGACAAAGAUGCCUGGUCGUUCUUUCAGAUCAUCGAGUGCUGUCACUAUCUAACGCAACAAAGUAAUGUGGGAUUUAGUGCUGGAGCUGGAUCACCUGUUGUUACAUUUUUGACAGGGACCAGUGUCGAAGAGAGAAAAUCAACGAGUUUCAGCAGUGAUGGGCUUGCUAAAACAGCCGGAAUAAAUCUGGAACACAUCGAAUCCUUUCAUAUGAAAUGGAAAACAUGGAGCAAACGCCACGGUUGAAGAAAUUCUAUCAACAGUUCGGUGUUCUGGCUACAAUUAAUGUGAAGAAGUCCUGGAAAAACAACCAAGAGGGCUAUGAGCAACUGAAUCAUUCGUUGAAAGAUAUCACGCGCGAUGGUGAUACAUUGGUAACGACGCAUGGGUUCAGUGGGUUGGAAACCCAAGGGGAAUCAACCAACGAUCUUCGGUGGAAAUAAUUUUUUGAUUAUUCUGUUUGUGUUUCUCUCUACGGAUAUAAUAAAAUAUUUUUUUGAUGGA